GUGAACGCAGCACCGCCCCUCCUGAUCCGCCUCUGCGCUCCGACCGAGCACCGAGCACCGAGUGUGCGCGUGGGGAGCCGGUGUGGGCGCAGCGGAGGACUUUCCUAUAAAAGCUGGGCUCCCACGGACACACGAGCUCGUCUCUCUCAGUCACCGCACGCACGAGCUGCUGAUCCCGCGCGCACAGCUGUGUGGUUUCUCACCUGGACCUCUCACCUGAAGGACGGCUGCGGUCUAUGGUUCUGACUGACUCUCCAACAAGGAUGUCCCGGACCGACGAGGUGCACCGUAUAACGGAGAAUGUCUACAAGUCCAUCAUGGAGCAGUUCAAUCCCUGCUUGCGGAACUUCAUCGCCAUGGGAAAAAGCUACGAGAAGGCGCUGACCAGUGUCACAUACGCUGCAAAGGGCUACUUCGACGCUCUGGUGCGGAUGGGCGAGAUGGCCAGCGAAAGUCAAGGCUCUAAGGAUCUUGAAGAGGCAGCAUGGGAGGUGCUCUUUCAGAUGGCUGAAGUGCACAGACAGAUCCAGAUCCAGCUUGAAGAGAUGCUGAAGUCCUUCCACAACGAGCUGCUCACAGAGCUGGAGAAGAAGGUCGAGUUGGACGCACGCUACCUGAACGCGGCGCUGAAGAAGUACCAGAUGGAGCACAAGAGCAAAGGGGAGAGUUUGGAGAAGUGCCAGGCAGAGCUGAAGAAACUGCGCAGGAAGAGCCAGGGCAGCAAGCACCCGUCUAAAUACGGAGACAAGGAGAUGCAGUACGUAGAGGCGAUCAGCAAUAAGCAGGGCGAGCUGGACAACUACAUCGCUGAGGGCUACAAGAACGCUCUGUCCGAGGAGAGGAGGAGGUACUGCUUCCUGGUGGACCGUCAGUGUGCCCUAGCCAAGAACAGCUCUGCAUACCACACCAAGGGGAAGGAGCUUUUAUCCCAGAAGAUUCCAAUGUGGCACCAGGCAUGUGCGGAGCCCAACAAACUGCCAGAUCGUGCCAUGUUCCUUGCCCAGCAGAUGAGCGGUGCAGCAGGCAUCAUGCCCCCCGGAGCUCAUCAUCCAGGCAUGCCAAUCUCUGAGCCCAUCCCUGGUGCUAAACCACUGCCGGUGCCUCCAGAGCUGGCAGCCCUGAGGGCCAGUGGGGGCAUGGGACAGCAGAGGCUGAUGGGAGGCGUGGAAGGAGGCAUGACGGUCAUGAACGGCACAGCUGGCGCUCACGGAGGAGAAGACUACCAGCAGUGGGUGGAGGGCAAGGUGGCCCAGGGCAAGGCCUCACCACAGACCCAGAGGCACGGAGGGGAGGUCUACUCAAACACUCUGCCUGUGCGCAAGGUUGCACCAGCCAAAAGCAAGACCACACUGACGGAGACCCGGACGCUGCCUCGGUCCAGCUCCAUGGCAGCGGGGCUGGAGAGAAACGGGAGAACUCGAGUCCAGGCCAUCUUCUCCCAUGCAGCCGGAGACAACAGCACCCUGCUCAGCUUCUCCGAGAGCGACGUGAUAACCCUGCUGGUCCCUGAGGCGCGUGACGGGUGGCACUAUGGAGAGAACGAGAAGACAAGGAUGCGUGGCUGGUUUCCCUUCUCCUACACCCGGGUCAUCUCUGACGGUGAUGGCAACAUGAGGCAACUUCGAGUGCACAACCUCCACGGGAAGAGCAGCAGCACAGGCAACCUUCUAGAGAGAGAAGACAUGGCGCUCUCCGUCCCUGAUUACGGCACCCAGUCCCGCAUGGCGGCACAGAGCGCUGCUGCGCUGCAUGGCAGACAACAACGCCCCUACAGCGUGGCGGUGCCAGGCUUCUCACAGCCAGGAGUUGAAGAGUACGAGCCCCGAUUCCCCACAAGUGCCGCAGAGGGCAAAUUGAUUUCGACAGUGUGAGGACAGACAGACAAACAGGCACAGACUCAGCCAGACGAUGCGAGAGGACAGGCACCUCGCUGCCCCUCAGCCAACCCCCUCCCUCAUCCUCCACUCCCCUCCUCCCUGCUUCCUACCACCCGCUUAUGGCAAUAAACUCUCCCUGAGCCAAUCAAUGCAAGGAAGAGGCCUGGGUCUGUAUCUUCUUCGCCUCUCUGAUCUCCCUCCCUUCCUCACCAAAUCCUUCCCCGUGCUGUCUAACUGGCCGGUAGCCACGCCGUGCCACUGGUGACGCCUUGGUGCAGAGCCACGCCAAGUCAAACCAGAACAGAAUGAACUCUGUGCCAUCCGAAUAUUCAAAAUCAAUGUGAUGGACAUUUUCUCUGAGGAAAAUGUAUCUUUUGCUUGUCUUUCAUGCAUGUACAUUUCUUUUAUAUAUCGCUGGGGAUUAUAUCUUCCCACCAAAGGAACCCGACUUUCACAAAUGUCAAUGCUCUCCAUCCGAAUGACAGUGUGAAGGAUCUGUACAUCAGGGUGUGGAAGUAAUGAUGUUGAUCCCAAAGAGGAUUUUCAUAAUGUACAAAAAGACAUGAACACUUUGACUGGGUCUUUCAGUAUUUAACAAUAAUUUAACCUUUCCAUGCUGUGAGCUUUUGUAUUCCUCUGAGAUUAUAGCUCAUGUAUCACGAGUAGUGAACCGCUCAUGUAAAUGUUUGAACAGAGGCGAUGUGACAGGAAUGUUUACUGUACAUAAAUGUGCCAUACAGAAGUGCUCGUCAUCCAGUUAUCUCUGAUCAGCUCAUUAAAACAACAACGCACCUUAUGAAAGCAACAGUCUAUAUUUCUGACUCUGUGUAAACAAACUGUUUCAGUAUGGGAGGGAUACUGUGCUCACACACACACCAGGUGCUCACACACACACCCAGGUGCUCAGGGUCCUUUGACUAUCUAUUGUGUGUGAAUAACAUGCCAAGGCUGAAUGGGGUCAACUGUCCCUCGUCCCUGAACGAGCUGUGAGCUCUGAAUCGGGUUCGUUACUGAAACUAAUUAGCGUCUUGACAGGAAAUGUGAAGUCAUUGAAUAGUUCAAGUUCAUCCAUAACGUAAGAAAACUCUUAGGCUACACUAAUAUUCUCACUGUCGUACUAGUUGUAGAAUUAGAUGCUGCUGCCGGGAUUGUUUCCGACUUAACUCCAGAGCAUUGUAAAGUCCUGCAGUGACAAAGAUGUGAUGAAAUAUUCUGCUGUGAUCCAUAUUUGCUGCACACACACACACGCGCACACACACACACACACACACACACAGGGCAGCAACAUGAAAAUAACAAAAGAUCUAUCGGCUCGAAGACUCAUCAGAGACUCAUUUGAUCAGUCUGCUGCCUACAUGAAGAAACUGAUGAGUGACUUAAAUUUUUUUUUUUUUUUUAAAUCAUUUAAUCCAGUGAUCUACUUUAAACAUUUUUAAUUUUCAGAAUUUUUUUAAAUGUUUUUAAGCGUGCUGAGAUAAAAUAUGAAAUCAGAUGAUCUAAAAAGUUCUAUUGUUAAAGAAAUCUUUUACCAAACAAAUUAAAUUGUUCCUGUUAUAUCCGUGUACACUGAAUACCUGUGAGCUUUAGACCGUCAGACACUUUCUAAUGAAAAUGAUUUCUAGCUUUGGCCUCAGAUGGUUUAACACCGUUCGUUCAUGCAUGAAAGAAAAGACAACAGGUACAGCUGUGUGGCUCGAUGGACAUAAUCUCAACACAUUGCUUUUCAUCUGCAACCAUUUCAGAUCUUUUUCUACAUUCGGACACAAUGUAGUGCCUCUUACUGUGAAUUAAGUGACUGAUGUGAAUAAUAUAUUUUUAGUUAUUUUCAGUAAGUGAACUUGUAGAUUGAAACGAGGCAGCCGUGUUGAAACAGGCUCUGAGGGGAGAGGAGUCGAUCUGACGUUGAAACCUCAUUCAGCCUUCUCGUGCUGUUGUCUUUCCAUUAAAGGCUCGAUUUAAAAACUAAACAAGCAUCAUGUUUUGAAGAUAACAGAAGUGUUUGUCUGAUUCUCUCUGUGCUUAAUAAAGAUGCUGGUCUGCUCGUCUGUGUCGGUCCAGUUAGUGUCUUUACUAACCACCGUCUGUCUGUCGACAUCUGCUGUCCACUAACUAGCCCACUAGGAAUUGGUCUUUCUCAUAUUGUUGGCUUUUAAGUCUUUAAAAUCUCUUAGUACUGUUUUUACCAAAGAGAAGAGGUGAAGAUGUAAACUGUGCACCUCCCCCACGCCUGCUACUCUGCAAAAACGUCUUUACCAGAUAUCUGAUGGUCGAGGGUUUAAAGAGUCUUCAAUAUUUCUUUUCUUCAAACUUUGUGAAAAAAGUGAGGCAGAUGUUUCACUUGGUGCUCGAAAAUCUUACUUUUAGAAACAAGUGUUACUUUAAUGAUCUGCAGUAUUCUGCCUCGUGGUUUUCAUUUUCUCAUUUCAAAAAUAUUUCAAGACUUUAAUCGGAGACUUGAGUCAAGAUGUUUUUGCAUUGUAGAAAUGUUUCCUUGCUGCGUAUGUCUGCUCUCUUCUCCUGUUUGUCUGUUACCUAACACUCGUCUUCCCCCUCAGCUUUGCCAACUCCCCUUUUUUUUUCCAUCUCUGUUUUGAUGAAUUUAGAGACAAAAGUCGAGUGCAAACGACUGGAAGCUGCCAGUGUUUCUUCUUUCUCCACUAAAAUAAGCCCAAGGUAUGACUGCCAUUGCUGCAGAGAUAGCACACCAACCACCUGUGGCCGAAAACAAACUCCUGCAUCAACUGAUGUGCUCUUUUAUUUUGAGGGGUUUUGUUGUAAAAGAAUAAAAACACCUGAACAUUGUACAGAGAAUGUAUGGACAUGCAUGCUUUGGGGGCACCAACAAGUGUAACAUUGAUGACCUCAAAUGUAUGGUGGAUUUCUACCCUAAGAAGUGUGAAAUAAAUUUAUUCAGCUGGA